GGCCUGGCGGGCGCACGCACCGCGACAUGGACCUGUGCACUCGCUACACACGCUCGCAUCUGUGACAUGGAAUAAUGUCGUUCCGAAGACUCCUCAGCGCUGUGAGAUACGCGCGUGACGCCUUGAACCGAGGCGCCCCUAUGGCGGACGGCAUCCUUAAAUCACUUAUAUCAGUUAUUGUUAUUUGCUGUAUCGCGGUCUCCUCACCUCAAAGUGCAUCAGCCAAACCCUUCACCUUCAGCUUUCCCGCCAGCUGGUCACUCGCUGGCCUUGUGGGGACGGUGGGAGCGAGGUCGGAGGACGCGGAGAGACGAGAGCCGGGGGUCAAGCCGUAUACGGGGCGGAGAGUUAGCAACGAAACUCUCCGGAUGAUAUACUUCCACGAUCAGACGGUUGCUGUCGUGGAGCUCGGCGAGGAUAAACUGCUCCUCAACUGCGAGCUCAUCGAGACUUAUGAUGAGGAAGACACGGGCCGUCUCCUCCGACAGUUGAGCAACAUUAACCGGCCGCUGGGCGUCAGCUUCUCACAGAUGACACGGCUCAUGGGGCAAUGCCAACAGGUGGAGGGCGUGGAGGCAGGCGAAGACGGGCGAGAGCGCGGAGAGGCGCAGGCGCGGCUGCGGGCGGGCGGCGCACACGCCGGUUUGCUGGGCGGCAGUCCGCUGUCGCUGUUGCAGGGCAUCAUUCCCGGUACAAAAUGGUGCGGCACUGGUGACAUAGCGGCGGACUACCACGACCUCGGGGCAGACCGCCCGUUGGACCGCUGCUGCCGCACGCACGACCUGUGCCCCAGCAAAGUACGCGCCUUCUCCAAGCGUUACAACCUCACCAACAACUCGCUGUACAGCAAGUCGCACUGCACCUGCGAUGAUAUGCUCUUCGACUGCCUCAAAACGACCAACACCUCCGCCGCACACCUCAUGGGCCACAUUUAUUUCAACAUAGUUCAAGUCCCAUGCUUAGAAGACUAUAGAUCAGUAAGACGGUUCAGAGAUGCUAAGCAAGGGUUUUAGCGACAUCUAGCGUCGAGUAGCAAAACUAGUUUGUGAAACAGCGCCAUCUAGUAGUUACGUUAGUUGUUUGCACGGAUUUUAUAUAGAUACGCUGUAUAUUUUUUGCAUUUAUAAAAUAAUGAAAAUACUUGAGUUGGCGUGAAAUAUAAGUGUAAAUAAUUGUAAAGAAUAAUAAACGUAAUUAAUGAUAAAAUACACGUUAAACCUGUGAUAUGUCUGUGCCUUGAAUUGUUCUUUAUUGUACAUUUAGAAAGAUGGCGCUAUACAUUUCACUUACUUUAGUCAAAAAAUAUUUUAAAAUAGUGAAGUAAUUAUUUAUUUGUCCUAUUUAAGAUAACAAUAACAGUAAAACAUCUUAUUCAAAAAAAUG